AUGAGCACAGCAGUUGCAAUGGCUCCCUCUCCGGCCCCUCACGACAGACCGUCGUUCUCUUCAGACCUCGCCCCCGCCCCCUCUGCUCAGCAUGCCGUUUCCUCCCCUGCCGCGCAAAGGACUCUCGCCCCCACGGGCACCCCCAACGCGACCGCGCACCGUUCUGGCAGUGGAAGCCCUAGGGGCGCCGCCCAGGCUCCCAAAUCCUCUCCUUCCAGCGCUUCUCGAGCCGGCGGCCCCCCGAAGAUUGUCGUUAAGAAAGAGCCUCAUUCGCCGGAUCUGCCCAACACCCGACACAGGCCUCGCAAGCUGGACCUGUCCAAGGGCGCGCACCCGGGCUCCAACGCCCCUCAGACUGCGAGACCCAUGACUGCUAGAGACAACCUGGGUAUCCAGGAGGUCGGCCUGGCCUGCCUUUCGCCCGGCUUUGUCACUCAGGACCCCAUCAUGAAGGAGCAGCUCCAGCGAAGCAUGAGCGUCAGGGACCAGCAGCGUAUGAUCAUCGAGCAGAGGAUGCAGCAGUCGGCCAAGGGCGACGGCCCGGACACUGCCGGCAAGGACCCCGUCUCUCAGUUCGCUGCCAAGACUCCUGGGCUGUCGCGCAGGAACAAGGCUCAACUCUCCAUUCUGCCGCCUUCCGCGGAGCAGUUUGCCAACGAGCGCGUCAUCCAGUCAGCGCCCCUGGGUCACUCUUUCACCGGUCGCCAGCACCCUGCUCCUCUGACUCGCCACAUCGCCAACCAGCCCAACACCCUCUCCAACACCUCCCACAUUCACCACGUUCCCGCGAACCAGACCCAGAACCGUCUGCCUCCGAUUAGCGAUGUGUUCGGCCAGGUUUCCGGCCACCCCGAGAACGCUCCCAACUCCCUCUACCCUCAACCGAGCGCGCGCGCGGCUCCGAUGGCUUCCCCUGGCCACCCUCCCCAGCAAAUGCAGCACCCGCCGACUUCCGGAAGGCCAAGAGAGUACAAGUCCGCCGAGGAGGCACAACACGAGAUGACGGGAGGCCGACCUGAGCUUCUCCCCAAGAUCGUCCAUUACGGCGGCGCCCACCAGCCUCCUACCCCGCCAUCUCCCGCUCCCGGCAGCCGGGCCGCGGAUCCCAGCCGCAGCGCAAGCCGCCGUCGCACACGCGCCGAGUAUGAGGACGGCAGCCCUCCCCUUGGCCACGGCCCCGCCGCCCAGAGGAGAGGCCCGUUCGGCGCCGGCCGCGACAGCCCGGAGACCCAGAGGCAAAAGCGGGAAGAGUUCCUGCGGAUAUGCGAGAGGGCCUGGGACCUGUUCCACUCCUAA